AUGGCCAUACUGGGAGUAGGAACCGACAUUCUCUACAUGCCACGAAUGAUCUCCCUGCUACGAAGACACGCGCCAUACCGUCUUGCAUCUCACAUCCUGUCCAAAUCAGAGAGGGAAAGCUUCAUCACCUUAUUCCCAACAUUUGACAAUCAACGACUAUUAUCCCCCAAUUGGACGUGGGUCUCUACUGAAAACACCAUCAAAUUAGACAAAGACGAGAGCAAUGUUGUCAGGUGGCUCAGUUUAAGAUGGGUAGCUAAAGAAGCCAUAUUCAAAGCUGUGUAUCCUCACAAGAGGCUCGCAUGGGAUGAGGUCACCAUCACAAAGAUCAUGGGAAAACCUCAAGUCGAGUUUUCAGCAUCUGUAGUGUCGGAACUUGCAAUCAAGAAUACACACUUGUCUAUAUCUCAUGAUGGAGACUAUAUAAUAGGGGUUGUCACAGUUGAACAGUAA